UUUUUUUUUUUUUUAAUUAUUAUUUAUUUUUAUUCUAAUAGGAAACCCUUAGUAACUUGAUUUAGGAGUAUAGUGGAAGAAAUGAAAACUUGAGAUGCUGAGUAUUUAGCAAAGAUCAGUUACGACUUUGUUAGAGAACACAAAGUGUUAAAGGAGGUCUAAUUUAUUUGAUCUAAUUAUUAUAAUUUGAAAGUUAAAGCUGAAUGAAACAUUAUACCUUAAAAGUGAAGACUGCCAAAAAGAGUGUACCCUUUUAACAAAAAAAGGCUAAUAGUGCAAUACUGACUUUAUUUUGCUAUGUAAUAUGUACCCUGGGAUUCAUAUUGCUAUAUUUAUAUCUAUAGUUUUAAGAGUGAAAAAACCCCAGACCUUGAGAAUCCAUUAAAUGACUUUUGUCUGGGGUUAUUCUUAAUAUCCUCUGAAUGAUGCUGAAGAUCAUCUGUUGCAGUCACGUUCUUUUGUUUUUUCAUCCAUUGACCCUUGUGCAUAUUUAAUUAUAGAGUAAGAAGGUAAAGAAAAAGAGCUGAUCUUGUACAUGAGCUACCUCAUCUUUAUUAUUUUGGGAAGUGUAAUAAUAAUUCAGUCUCUUGAUGGGCUGCUGAUUUUUGGUUUUAUUUUAAUAGAUUUCGAUGAUGAAUUUCUGUGCACUUUCUGUCUGAUUAGAAAGGAUUCGUUAUGUUUCUGUGUCUUGCUAUGAGUCUGUGAAUGUUGUUUUGAAGUAAAUCACCAAAUACAUGCUUACCGGUAAUGUGCCAGCUGGCCUGUUAGAAGCAGGGGUUUAAUUAUGAGAGGAAUGUUUUAACUUGAAGAUUUUACAGAAGGUUUACAGAGCAGGCUGUGCAUUAUUUCUUUGAAACCUGUCUUCCGUACCUUCUGUGUCUGCAUUGUAGAUUGCAUCAUUGGCAUCUACAGUAGUUGCCUGAUGGGAGAAGUCAUCUUAUUCUACAAUUGCAAAUUGUCUUGUCAGAGUUAAACAAGAAUUGUCAGGGUUGGGAAUGUGGUGUUAGAGGGGUUUUUUUCUUGUCUAGAUUUGACAUAAAACCUUUGUCCCUUACAGAGGCAUUAAGAACUUUAUCUAGAUUUUGCAAAUGGCAUUGCUGCGUGACUCUCAAUUAACUGUAAAGUAAUGUCAGGUCUUUGCUUUGUGUCUUUGCAUUCUGUACGCUACAUGUCAUUGCUUGGAUGUUUUGGGACAGCUUUGCAAGAAGCUUCACAUCUCACAUGAGCAAACAGCUAAAGGAAAGUGUGCAAUCUGCAGUCACUACAGGUGAAAAAGAAAACUGUCUGAUCAAAAAGCAAAGAUGCAGAGCACUUCAAAUUACCUCUGGCUGUUGUCUGACAUUCUAGGACAGGGAGCGACUGCAAAUGUUUUCCGGGGGCGACAGAAGAAAACUGGGGAUUUAUAUGCUGUCAAAGUAUUUAACAGUAUAAGUUUCCUUCGUCCUGUGGAUGUUCAGAUGCGAGAGUUUGAAGUAUUGAAGAAACUAAAUCACAAGAACAUUGUCAAAUUGUUUGCCAUUGAGGAAGAGACAACUACUAGACACAAAGUACUAGUUAUGGAAUUUUGUCCAUGUGGGAGUUUAUACACAGUUUUAGAGGAGCCGUCUAAUGCCUUUGGUUUGCCAGAGUCUGAGUUCUUAAUUGUUUUGAGAGAUGUGGUGGCUGGGAUGAAUCAUCUCCGUGAGAAUGGAAUAGUGCACCGUGACAUCAAGCCAGGCAAUAUAAUGCGUGUUAUAGGUGAAGAUGGGCAGUCUGUUUACAAACUUACAGAUUUUGGUGCAGCAAGAGAACUUGAAGAUGAUGAACAAUUUGUUUCUCUCUAUGGCACAGAAGAGUAUUUACAUCCUGAUAUGUAUGAGCGAGCAGUUUUGAGAAAAGAGCAUCAGAAAAAAUACGGAGCAACAGUUGAUCUGUGGAGCAUAGGGGUGACCUUUUACCAUGCUGCAACAGGGAGUUUGCCUUUCCGACCUUUUGAAGGACCUCGUAGAAACAAGGAAGUGAUGUAUAAAAUAAUCACUGGAAAGCCUUCCGGUGCUAUUUCUGGAAUACAGAAAGCGGAAAAUGGACCUAUUGAGUGGAGUUGGGAGAUGCCUGUUUCUUGUAGCCUUUCAAAGGGUCUGCAAGUACUGCUCACACCUGUCCUUGCGAAUAUUCUUGAAGCAGACCAGGAAAAAUGCUGGGGAUUUGACCAGUUUUUUGCAGAGACGAGUGACAUACUGCACCGAAUAAUAAUCCACAUCUUUUCAUUACAGCAGAUGACCUUGCACAAAGUUUAUAUUCACAACUAUAAUACAGCUGCUAUAUUUCAUGAGUUGGUCUACAAACAGACAAAAAUACCAUCUCAGAAUCAAGAACUGAUAUAUGAAGGUCGGCGCUUAAUACUAGAGCCUGGCAGAUUGGCACAGCACUUCCCCAGAACAACAGAGGAGAAUCCUAUCUUUGUAGUAAGCAGGGAGGCUGUGAACAUUGUUGGAUUAAUCUAUGAAGAAGUUUUACUUCCUAAAGUACAUCAACGUUACGAUUUGGAUGGGGAUGCCAGUAUGGCUAAAGCAGUGACAGGUAUUGUAUGUUAUGCCUGUAGAGUUGCCAGUUCUUUGCUGCUUUACCAGGAGCUGAUGCGAAAAGGAAUUCGAUGGCUAAUUGAAAUAAUCAAGGAUGAUUACAAUGAAAUGGUUCAUAAAAAGGCAGAGAUUGUCAUCAGGCUGGAUUUCUGCAGCAGAAACAUUGAGAAAGCUGAGAAAAUAUACGAAAACUUGAUGCAGAUCAAUUUGGAAUCAUCAGAAGUGGAUGAAAUUUCAGAGAUACACACAAAACUCUUGCACAUCUCCAGCUCUCAGGGCACCAUAGAAACCAGUCUGCAAGAUAUCAAAACCAAACUUUCUCCUGGUGGUUUACUGGCUGACACCUGGGCAAAUCAGGAAGGCAUGCAUCCAAGAGACAGGAAUCCAGAAAGGCUGCAGGCACUGCUGUCUUCCAUCACAGACAUCUACUAUCAGUUCAAAAAAGAUAAAGCAGAACGAAGGCUUCCUUAUAAUGAAGAACAAAUACACAAGUUUGACAAGCAGAAGCUGUAUUUGCAUGCUACAAAAGCCAUAGCUCUUUUCAAAGAUGAAUGUGUCAGCAAGUAUGAUACAUUUUUGGACAAAGCUGAGGACUGGACAAGGAAAAUGCUUCUUACAAGGAAGCAAUUACUGGCUCUCACCAACCAAUGUUUUGGUAUUGAAGAAGAGGUGUCCAAAUACCAGGAUUAUAUAAAUGAGUUACAAGAUGCCCUGCCACAGAAAAUGUUUGCAGCUUCCAGUGGGAUGAAACAUACGAUGAAUACAGUCUAUCCAAGCUCAAACACAUUAGUAGAAAUGACUCUUGGGAUGAAGAAACUAAAGGAGGAAAUGGAAGGUGUUGUUAAAGAACUGGCUGAAAACAAUCACAUUUUGGAAAGAUUUGGUGCCUUGACUAUGGAUGGUGGCCUGCGGAACGUGGACUGUAUGUAGCUUCCAAAGGACCUGAAGAGGACUUGUAAAUUUUUUCAAAGGGAAAAAAUACCAUUGGGACAGUUAAAAGUAGAUAAUAAAUCCAGGAUUUUUUUUUCCUUCAGCAACUGUAAUAUUAAAGAAAAUGUAAAUAUGUAUAAUAUGUAAAUACAAAAGAAAUAUAUAUCUUUUCUUGGUCACUUUUAGGAUAGAAUAACUUCUGGCAGGGAAUUGAGCCCCUUGGAGGAUCUCUGAGGAGUCCUAAAGGGAAAAGUAUUGUUGAUGAAACUGACAUUUGUCUGCUUUGAAUAUUGCCCUUUUUUUUCAGAAUGCAAUUUAGUCUUCAUUGCAAGAGGACUUGCAGUACUCCAAAACACCGUUGUAUAAAGGGUAUUUUGGAUUUCCUUCAACAACCACUAUUAUGUAGGAGUCCAGUUGAAUGACUUUAAUCAUCACAGAACAUGAUGAAUGUUUUAAAUGAGAUGUUUUUAAAUGAGUGUGAAUAGGGACUAAGAGUGCAGAUAGGACAGCACAGAAAUGCAUUUCUCUUUCCUUCGCAUUCAAGCUGUUAGCUCACUUUUACUUGAGAGAGCAAAUUCACAAUAUUUUUUAAAGUUCUCUAAAUAUUUGGUGCCAUGUUUUCUGUAAUUGUUUGACUGCUUAGUAUAUGGAAGUUUUGCACUCCAGCUUGUCAGAAUGAAUGUAAAAAUUCAUCUUUUGGAGUACAGCAUUUUCAGACUUUCCCUGAAAUCGUGUUGCUUACUACAACAGUGGGUACUUAAAACAACUUCUUCUUAAUCUUAUUUGCAGGUAUAAUUUAUUUAAAAGGUUAAAAAUUUGGUAUUAGAAGAAUUUGUGGACAGUCAGUAGACUGGAUACUAUCACGCCUCAUUAGUAAUUGAAUUGUGGAAAAUAAGGUACCAGUCUAGAUCUUGAAAAGGGACCACUCCCACUGCUGCCUUACAACUGAGGUACCAAACUUUGAUGGAAAAUAUAGUAUUAUUUAUUUUCCAGAUGCAAAGAUGAAACAUUCUGCUCCAAAAUACAUAGGAGAAAGAGAACAUGAAAACAAAAAAUUCUGGAAACAUCCCUUUGUUUGGCUACUACAGGUGUACAUACUUGUUUCAGAUGAGCAUACAAAUAUUACAGAACUCAUUCCUUCCUUGUGGAAAUCUGGCCAUGGAUAUUCAGUGGUGUCCAAUUACACUUCUCAUUGCUGCAUUACACCUGUAAGAGCUGGACCAACUAUAUUUAGAAUUUUCCAUAAUUACUGGUGGAGCAUUUAGGUGUAAGCUAAACAACAUCAACCAGUGAUAGCACCUGGUAGUUUUGUGAUGCUUAUUCCCUGCUUAUCUGUCCUGGUCAGAACACAAAACAUUUUCAUUUCCUUUUUAGAAAAUAUUUGGAGAGAAACUUAGGAAAUUUAUAAAUGAGUGUUUCAUUUUAAAAGAAAAGGAAAUUUGCUUGCCUUGAUGUCCAUGACCUGCAUUCCAGUGUUCUUGGUGAGAAUCAAAAAAGGGAAUUCAAACAUUUUUACACUCAUGUGAGCAGCUUCUGUCUUAUCACCAGAAAAACCUAGCUAUGCAAAAGGAGUGCAACCAUUUGUCACACAUCUUUCUUUGACUUUCUUAACAGUUUUUAAAUACUGGAAUUAUGUCUAACUGGAAUGUUUUAAUGCCUGCUUGUACAUUUGUUCAUUCACAUCCACAGUCUCACUGAGUAUCAGUAAAACACAUGAAUAAAUGUUAAAAGAAUUUGGCUCCUUAGAUGUGCAUAAACUAUAUUUUGUCUACAACAUUGUAACACUUUGUUGUUUCUUAAUCUUGAAAAAAAUCAAAUGCUAGGUGGAAUAUAUAAUUUUCAACUUCCUUAUACUGAAGCAGUCUCAAAAGGAAAGUUAAUUGUAGUAAAAAUAUAGUCUGUAUGUUGAAAUAUGUGCAGCAUUCUUUUACAUGUUUGAAAUUUUUUUGUUAUAUUUUAUGUUUAUUUUAAACUUUGCUGGCUUUAGUCUUGCUGAAUACAUCAAUAAUCUUAAUCAUGUUAAAAUUUCUUUUUCUAAAGCAAUUUUAACAAAGCAGUAGCUAAGGAACUUGAAGUAAUCAGUUAAUAAUCUUCUGAUUACAUUAUUAUGAAGCAAAUAAUUUUUCAAGUCAAAGCAUCGUGUUGGUACCAUCAACUUUUUGCUCAAACUAAGAUGCUAUGAAUCUUGCUAUUCAUUUGCCAAAAUAAGUAAUAGAAAGUAAUAUAUGGUUCGUCUUCCUGAAGCUGGUUUACUGGGUUGGGGGGGCUGUAGGAAUCAGCUGAAUAUAUUAAUUAUCUGUUACUUGAACAAACCUGUCUUCAUAUGAAUUGUGGAAAUGCAUGAGUGAACAGCUUAAUGGCAUAAAUACAUCAACCACUUAUUGUACAGUGUGUACUUCUACCUUUUCAUAAUUUAAUUUUCUGUUGAUUUCA